AUGUCAGCGUCAGACUGCUGCCUCAAGGGGUUCGAAUGGGACGGUACGCCAACCGGACGGGUUGGGAAACUUGGCAAUAACGACGUCUACAUUGCUGGUGACAACUCUGAUGUCGCCGUGAUGCUCAUUCAUGAUCUGUUUGGCUGGACAUUUCCCAACCUGCGCAUAUUAGCCGACCACUACGCACGUGAGGCUAAUGUAACUGUCUACCUCCCCGACUUCUUUGGGGGAGCCAUAUUAUCGUUCGAAAACAUCAUCGCCGGCAGGUUUGACCUACUUGACCUCCCGAACUUCAUGAAAGAAAACGGCCGCGAAAUGCGUGAACCCGAAAUCUUCGAGUGCGCCAGGGCGCUGCGCCUGAGUUAUAAGAAGGUUGGUGCCAUAGGCUUUUGCUAUGGGGGCUGGGCCGUUUUCAGAUUGGGAGCGAAGGAACACCAGCCGCGUCUCGUUGAUUGCAUCUCGAUGGGGCAUCCAACGUACUUGACAAAGAAAGACAUCGACGAGGUGGCAGUUCCCGUGCAGGUUCUGGCCCCCGAAACCGAUGGGAUGUAUUCCCCCGAGCUCAAAUUGCACACGUUUGAGACGAUCCAGAAACUGGGAUUGCCGUUGGACUAUCACCACUUUCCCGGUGUGGAGCAUGGUUGCCUCGUUCGUGGUGACGCUAGGAAUCAAGGAGAACGAGAAGCUAUGACGAGAGCGAAGAAUGCGGCUGUUGGCUGGUUUAAACAGUGUUUGUUCGAUUCGGAGGCAUGA